GUUUGUUAUGGCCAGAAGGCCUAUACGGUCUACCAAAACCCAUAGACGGAUGUCCAAAAACCACGUCAGUCGCGUGGGCCUCGGGACUACUGUACCAAGAUUGUGAAGACACUAAUCCAACAACUAGUAAAUCACCCAGUUACCACUUGGCAGGCUUUGUGACUAAUGACGUUCAGAGGGAGUUCUGUAUAAAGAACAAUACAAUAGAUGAUAGUACUAGACCCCCCUGGCCUAGUGGCCAGUAUUGUAUAUAUCAGAAAGGAGAUGUUUGCCCGCCUGRUCURGAUUCAGGGUGGGUUGUUUGGGACGAUGAAAGUCAAAAUAAAAACAACCACARAGGUACAUUACCGAAAGGACUGUACAAUAAUAACACGAAGAUGUAUUUCUGUUGCAGCACAAAAGGAAACAAGCUAGAAGCAAUUGACCUUCCUGUUUCAACGCCYUUUUACUUGAUUGCCUUUAAAAGCAGUGGUUGUCAAUUAGUCAGGGGGGCAAAUGUCACAAGGGAGUUUAUUUAUUAUGAAACCGAGCACGAUACAACGUCAUCUAAGAAUGAUUAUGGUGGGGCACACCCGUACGGAGCGACCAGGAUAAGAUAUGGUCACACAAUAUACUACUGCUAUUACACUCCCAAAUAUUGUCCUCGUCGUGUUAACCCUGUCAAUGGAUACAUCUAUCCCCCUCGCUGCACACAAACCAACCAGAAUGUGAUCAACGAUUCUUGUGUCGUCAAAUGUAAUCCGAGCUUUGUCGMGAAGGAUUUGAAUUCAACGAAGUCGACAUGCAGAGAAGAUGGAACAUGGGACAUAGAUAUGAUUACUGAAUGUACACCUGAUAAAACGACAACGCCCACACGAACAACUCCGUUAAAGACCACCUCUACUCAAGUGUUUACAAGCACACAACACUUAUUAUCUACUACAUUAAAACAUGGCGCUUCUGACUCCAWUGAAGGGACAAAGAAAUCUUCAACCACGUUAUGGAGCUCAGAAGUGUCUACUGAAGGGCAUGCAUUUACUCGAGCUGUUACAGAUGCAAAGAUGUCAUCAGCUGGUGCRGUCAUYGCGGGCUCAAUAUGUAUUGGYGCGGUAGCUCUUGGCGUCAUUAUAAUCGUUUUUGUAGUUCACUUUAAAAAAGAAAAAGCCAAGAAAARUAGCAACGCAAAAGGACUGAUUGACAAGUCCAAGUCACUAGAGGAACUUGUCUCUGGAGGGAGUAUAAUCCUUAAUCGAACAGCUUCAUCGGAGAAUCUCAUCUAUGCUCACACCGGGAUCAAUGAAGUACAGUUCUUUGUCAAGACAGACGAAAACCCAUUAUAUGAAAGUGCCGGGGCUACAGGAACCUGAAACGGUAGUCUUAAAGAACUGUAUAAGAAGAAAGACACAAAUUUUGUUAUAUCGUGUGCUCUUUUUGCUUGUCGUUAGUUUGAAUAAAAUAUGAAAUAUAUGUAAAGCUAGUUGUAAAAAUGUUAAUAAAAGCAAACAAGAUGUUGUUAAAAAUUGA